AUGGGUGUCGACACCCGCAGACCCAUACUCCCAGCUCCCACGGAGUCCAAUCUCGAUACCACCAUCGCCAGCACCACCGGCACCGACCUGGCCACCGACGUCUCUCGCCGGACAGACAAGACGUCCUACUCCAUCCCGGAAGAUGGCAGCCCCAUCACCAUCUCCACCCGUCGUCGCUCUUCUCGACCCAGGGACCGUGACGACGGCAAGAUGUCCCGCUCCUCUCAUCACUCGCAGACAUCUUUGCUCAUAGAGUACUUCGAAGGCGGCAAGAAGGGUUCCGGUGGAGGCGGUAUCAGCUCCCGCCCCAGCGUCAGGGUCAGGGUGACACCCUCGUCCAGCCGAAAAAAGGAGAGGGAUAGAGACCAUCACCACCAUCACCACCCCGAUCGUAUCCAUAUCAGUGAAAACAGCGGAGGCAGGAAACCAUCGUACACCAGACGUAUCUCGCUGAGCACACCGAGCAGGUCGUCAAAGGAUGUCGACAGAGGUGGUGAUGACAGGAGUCUGAGCUCCCUGACCGAUGGAGCGGACGAUAUAGGUGCAUCGCGUGGCCACCCGGUAGAGAUCGAGAUAGUCAAUCGUGACAGUGAGGUUUCGUCCAGGUACAUCCAGCCCACUUCGGACAUCUCCUCGAUGCCUGCCGACAGCAUGCUGGAUGGUCCGUUGGUCGUGUCUGAGACCCAUCGUCAUCGAAGCCACAGCGUCAGCGGAGACGAGACCGAAGCUCCUGAGUCUCGUGACUUGCUCAAGACCCCCUCCAGGAGGCGGAGCCGUAGUCUGAGUCGUGAGAGGAUUGCUCAAAAGGCAGCUGAGAAGAUCAGUGGCACCGCUCCCAGAGACCGCACCCGGUCAAAGCAGCGGUACGGUGAGGGGAGUGGAACUGGCAGUCGAGACAUUCUCUUCGACUACAGCUCUAAACGCUCGGGGAAGCACAGAGACAAGGACCUGGCGAGCCCCGAGUCAAGUUAUCUCAGCACAUCACUCGCCUCAGGUAACGGAAAGAACGGGAACGGAGACCAGUACUCCUUUCGAUCAGGCACCUCACGAUCGUCUCUCAACAAUCCAAAACUCCUCGAAACAGUCGAAGAUGCCAUCCGUCGACUCAUCCUUCCAGAGCUAAAGGAGCUCAAGAAGGACCAAAAAGACGAUCCCCUGGCCCGGGUCAAGGCUGGUCGUGCAGGUCAUAAGUCGUCUCAGGAUGACCCUUCCUCGCGGCUGUCGAAGCACUCCAGCGCACCGGAUGUUUCUAGAAGCCUAGCUCUCGACGCUGAUCCCAGCACACCGGUCCAUUCUCCCGGCUCCCGCUCGUCAAAGUCCAAGGAGCGACGACGCGAGAAACGAUCCAGCCCGCGUCGCGAGCGAAGCUCGUCUCGCCGUGCCUCCGAAGACCGUACGACCGAAGUGUCAGGCGUCAGCCGGAAGAGAAGCAAGGGUCUCCGCGAUGCUGAAGCUGCCAAAAUUGUUGGCACCGCCCUUACCACCGCAGCUCUACGGCAUCACGAUUCAAACUCGAGUUUAGGUCGACGGGAGAAGACUCAUCGCCGCAGCAAGAGCUCUCUUGCCAGCGGCAGCCGUGGAGGAGGCAUCAAUGAUACCGAGCUCAUCUUCCAGAAACACGAUGUGGCGCCCAUGCCUUUCCGCAGCGGCAUCGAUUCCGAAAUGACCAGACAGUCUAUCCUAUCUCAGCAGUCUGCGCAGACAGCUACCGCCCUCGAAGGUGAAGUCCCGAGAGGGUCUCCCCGGGCACUCGCUUCUCCAGCCCGCAUGACUCCUGACAAUUACAUCAGAGAGUUAAGAGGCCAAGGUAGCGGUUUGUCAGAAGAAAUGGGCAGGGAAUUCAACGAAUCACCAACUCCCAAAUCCUUCCAGCAGCAUGACGACGCCGAGUUCUCCAAUAACCGGGCCCUCAGCCCUAUCCAUAGCGUGGCUAGCUACCAAGCUGACGAACAUGAACACGACACCACUCAGCAGCACGACCGUAGCCUAACUCCUGGCCAGGACGAGGACGGCCUCAAGCAACCCCAGCGGCUAUCCAUUGAAUCCCUCUCCUCUGCCGCAAGCACAGAUCUAGCCAGGUCAACUCGAACGGCUGAUUAUAGCCAUGAUAGGCGUCACCCUCCAACCAUCCCUGAUGAAGAGCAAGGCGCCGAGCUGGAUAUUGGGGAAUCACAGAGGAAUUCUCCCGGUUAUUGGGAGCAUGGCGAACACAUUGGGGACGACGAACAUGAUCACGACCGUGACCUUGACCUAGACAUCGACUCAAAGCACAUGACGAACUAUACUGACGACACCUUCACUGACCCUCUCGAUCAAGGACAGCAGAUUGCUGGUGGACGUGCUACUAAUGUCCAGUAUGUCCAUGCUCCCAUUGGAGUCGAGUCAGCAGUUGCUUCUCUCCUGGAUCCUUCUCUCGUUUCUACCCGUUCGCCACAUCCUCACAUCAACCGCUCGUCCAGAAGCUACACACCUGGAAUAGAAGGGGAUGAGCAAACCAGAGAAGCAGACCUUGAAGAACAGCAGCCAGAACCUGAGGAGGAAGAACCAUAUGAGGAGGAAGACGAUGUAGAAGAAGAAAGAACAGAAGAGGGAGCAGAAGAAGCAGCACCCAGUGUUGACGAGCGUCCAUUCCAUGAACGUAUGGGCGUAACGUCACCCCCACACAGUGCUACCCAGUCUGACCAAGAGGAGGAAGAAGAUGAUGAAGACAGGCCAAUUCUUGGCGCCAGUGCCCUGCCAAAUUCCGGUAGCCCGAUACCUGAAAUAGGCCACAUGGUGGACACCGAAUCAGAUAUUAACACCAACCCUUCCAUCAUCCAGGGGCCCAUUGGCGGUGUACCCCAUGAGGGCCGCGAUCAUUGGCCCUAUGAACCAAGCCCUCCUCAAUCAGGCAGACAACUGCUAUCCCCCGAGCGGGAACUAUCAGGCAACGAUGCCGAUAUUAGAGAUCUAGCCGGUGCUGGGUACGGGGCUGGUCUCGGUGUUAUCACCGAGGAAUCGGGCCGUGACCAUUAUGAUAUGGACAAGAGCCUUGGUCCUAAUCCCUAUGGCAAUGACCACUUCGAUAUGGCCUCUCCUGGCCCAAGGGAUGAAGGAUACAUCUCUGGUGCAAAUCAUAGAUCAAAUAGCAGUGCUACCCCAGAACCAAAGGGUAAAGGGUUCGACUUGGCAAAUGAUAUCGGACUAGGAAGCCCCAUGGAUGUCGAUGAUCCUUUUAACGACAAACACAAACGACACCUGAGCGGAUACUCUCAUGGCAUGCCAUCGCCACUAUACGAUAGCUCGACUGGUCGAGGUAUCGAUAGGAUUCAAUCCAAGGAUAUCGUAGCACUUAUGGAUCAUUUGACUGUCCGUGAUGCUCAGCGUAACGCCAGAGACACCGAGAUCUUGAUCACCCUCGUACGUAGUGCCGCUGAGAUGCGCAACUCAUUCGAGGACAUGAAGAAGUACAUCGCACAGCAAGAUGAGAUGCUGCUUGACGCAAACACCAAGGGCCAUGAUCGUACCCAAAAAGCCAUUGGUGGGCCACGUCCAAUGAUCACUCCUCGCACCCACAGCAAGCUAUCCAGUGACUUUGAGGAGGAAAUGCGCUCAAAGAAAAAGAAUGUAUUCAAGAGAGCAUUGAAGACUCUCAGCUUGAAGAGCUCAGGCGACCUGACUAACAUUGAGGAAAUGCUUCUUCAUCUGCUCACCGAAGUCGAAGCUCUGCGAGCGGCUCAGGAGGGCCGAGCUCCCACUACCGGUAAUUCGGCUGAGAAUGUGGAUGGAGAUGAAUAUGAAGAGCAGGAACGAGGCGCUCCCACCGAUCAGUCUCCGUACAACAGCUCCCCUCUUCGUACAAGUGAUAAUCGGGUGCAGUCUUCUCAGCGUGGCAUCAGCCCCGUCAUGGAAGUAAAUGAGGAUGAGGCCUUGACCCGGGAUGAGCAAGAGAUUCUCGAGAACCCAACACCUCCAGGCUCUCGGUUUGUCGGACGUCACAAACGAGGUGCUUCGGUCCCGCUGGCAACCCCUGAGCGGGUACCAAUUGCCUCCGCCCCUCCUAGCGCAGACACAACGCCCAAGAUGUCUAACGAGAAACCCCGCAAGACCAAGUCUAGCAGCUCAUCAUUCUUCCCAAAGAUAUCUCGAUGGUCCAGGACCACCGCGUCUUCCAUGGGUGAAAACAUCCGUAACAGCAUCCAGCCUAGCCGUAAAGAACGCUUCUCAUUUGAAGCAUCCAGAUCCAACUCUGACCUGGAAAAUGCCAAUUACACCACUGCUGAGUACUAUGAUCACCGUGGCGAUGAUAGACUGCGUUCCGCCACGAGCCUCAACAAGGAUAACACGGAAAACCGGCCUCCAUCUCCACUUGUUCCAUCACAGCUUUCAGAAAACCCCAAAUAUCGAGCUCAUAGGGACAGCUUGAAUCUUCAACACCCCCAGCCACGCCAGGGACCCACGUCUCGAUACCAAACACAACUCGAGUCUCAGGCACAGCACUAUGGAGUCCCAAAUUCUCCCAACUCGGAUGCUUGGGCAUCAAAUCCUACCCUUUCAGCCAUCAACCGUGAUCGCCCGGCCAGUGCCGCGGACAAUCAUCGACCAAUGUCCGCAGGCGCAUACUCAGUCGGUUCUUCCGUCAUGAGCCAGAGCGGACCCCCUCGACCACCAAAAGUCAGAGACGAUGGCCCUCUUAUCCCACAACGCUCAUCCAAGUUAAGCGAUGAUCCUCACCCAAGCUAUGCUGAGCGUAUGGCUAUGCGGGAAGGCACUGCUCGUAUGGUUGAUCAUGUCAACAACACUAGUUCCCCGUCCAGAUCCUCUCCAGGACGAGGUAUCCCACAACGAAAACCAACUGGUCCCCGACCACUGACCAGCUCUGGAAAAAAUAACGGCGCAAUGGGUUCCCAGCGAACCCAGUACGAUUAUGAUGACUACUGA